AUGUUUGAUCCAUCAAUUAAACAGGAUCAAACGCAUAAAAAUCUUUCAUCUGAAAAUGGUAAUUUUGUAUGGUUUCAAUUAUUUAUUCAUGUUUUAAUACAAAUGGAAGAAAAUGAUGAUCAACAUAAAACAUCAAUGAGAAAUUUAAUUGAAGUAUUAAAACAAUACUACAAAGAAAAUCACACUCAAUUAGAUAAAUUAAAUAAAUUUUUAACAACUUAUACACCAUCACAAUCAAUCUAUGCUAACAUUUAG